AUGUCAGCGAGGGGCACCCACGGCCCAUUUAGCUCGGCAGCCCGUUCCCGCGGGGCCGGGCCCGCCGGGAGCUCGCCGGGGCCAGGCCGCCUCCCGGGCCGCGCCGAGCCCGCGGCGCUCCCCGAGCACAAAGCGCGGCGGGGCCGAGGCCGAGCCCACAAAGGGGCAGCCCUGGGCCGGGCGGCGCAGGCCCCGGGCCGGGCCGGGCCGCGCCGCCGCCGCGCCUGCACACAAUGGCCCGGCGGAAGGGCUCGGGCCGCCGCUCCCCGCAGGCCCCGCCGCGCCCCGCUCCCCCGAGCCGCGGCCGCCGCACAGCACCGCCCGCCCGGGCCGCGCUUAGGCCGCGCCGGGGCCUUGUCCCGAGGCCGCCCCGCCACCGCGCCGGGGCCUCCAGCGGGCGGCGGCGGGGCCCCGGCGGGGGCUGAGGGCGGCCUUGGCUCCCCCGAUGGCGGCUCCGUGCGGGCCGACUGCGCUGCGCCGCUCCGGCCGAGACGCUCCGUGCGCGGCCUGAGCCCACCGCGCGCUCCCCGCCUCCCUCGCUCGCUCGCUCGCUCCCUCGCUCCCUGCGCCGCGGGCACGCGCCGGCUGCGCCCGAGCUAUCCUACCGCCGCCUCCGCGCGCGCGCGCGCUCCACGGGCGCGCUCCCGCCAGCGCCCCCCCUCCCGCGCACGCGCACCGCGCCGCCCCGCGCGCGGCCGGGAACAAAGGCCGCGCUGCGCUCCGCGCUGCCCCGAGCGCUGCCGUGCCCGCCCGGCGCUGAGCCCGGCCCGGCGCUAUGCCCGGCUCUCACCUGGGCCGCCCCACGGCCGCGCCGGCCCCUCUCAGCCCCGAGCCCCGCGCGCUGCCGCGGCCCUGGCAGCCCCGCCGUGCCCGGGCGGCGGGAGCGCCCCUGCGCCGGCAGCGAGGGUCGGGCACCGCGGCAUCCGCAGGCUCCGCGCCUGGCGCCACGCGGGAACUGUCACGAGUGCUCGGGAUUGUGUUCUAAAAAAUGAAAGGGGCCUCUCGCAGAGAGACCGGGAACGUCCAGCACGGGGGCAUUCUGAUGGUUUUAAUGGACUGCGAAAAACCCCUCCUCCAGUCUCUGUUCAAAGACUUCGCCUAAUUCAGGAACCUCCCAAUUCAUUCCCCCUGCAAUGCCUGCAGCUCGCCCACCUGCCUCAACCCCAGUGACACCACAGCUCACUUCUGCCUGUGACUGCAGAGGGAACACCCAACGCAGCUGCUGUGCUUAUACCACUGCUCCUUCACCCAGCUCACAGCUUCCAGCUCUUCCAGCACACCAGAGUCAUCAGCAGCACCAACACUUAUCUUAGUUUUCCUCCUCUAUGCAUCAUUAUGUUUUGCAAGGAAAUUCCAGGAACUUCAGAGUCUUUGAGACUCAUUCCUCCCUCAAACUGGGGCGUCUUGAGCCCACAGGAUCAUGAGUUAGUAGUGAGGGAUGCCUGGAACAGACCCCAUGGCAAGGUGGCACAGCUUCAUCACUGUAGGAAAUGAGGGCUAAAAGGGCUCAAAGAUGCAUCAUCUACUCCAUGUUCCUGCUGCAAGGUAGGAUCAGCUAUGCCUUUGUUGUUUCUACCAGGUGUUUGUUUAAGCAGCUCAUAAAAGUCCUCGCACAGCAGAAAUGUUUAAACCUCUUCUGAUGUUUGCCUGUCCUUACCAUUACAUUGGUUCUCCCAUUAUAUAUAGAUUUAUAAUCUAAAUCUCUCAUUAUAAUUUCAGCUCAUUCUUGAAACACUUCUGUGAAUACUGACACACUUUUUUUAAACUUUCCUGUUUUUGAAUACUUUCCUCUUCAGUCCAUUACAUCAAUUCCUUUCCAUCUAUAGAUCACCACUGUAAGGCCUCUGAUCGUUCUUGGUUUUGUUCUCUGCAUACUCUGUAACUACUUCUUUCAUUAUUUUUGACCAUAGGUCUGGCAACUGGGCAGAGCACUCCAUCUGAGGCCCUUCUAAAUGCUGAGUAAUAAAGGCUGCCUAUGGGGAAGCCAUUAAAUUAGCAGUAUCUGCUAACAGAAUAAUUUCAAACUGAAGUCAGUAGUUUUAACAUGAAGUUUUACUAAUUUAUUGACAUUACUUUUGUGUGCAUUGUUUACUAGAAAUGUACCUACUGUCAGUGUGGAAAUAUAUAAUACUACUGUCCUUGAAGUUAUAAGGGUAUGUUGUCCCAUAGUUGAAUGGCCUUACUGUGUUUCCUUAUUUGACAAUAAUGUCUGUAAAUCUUAAUUUCAUUUUACCUAAUAAAAUACUA